AUGGGUAAGCGCCGGCGAACGGAAAUAGCCGAGAUCGCCGACCCGGCUGCCCGGCUGGUGACCUACUCCAAGAGGCGCAAGGGCCUCUUCAAUAAGGCCUCCCAGCUCUGCCGCCUCUGCGGCGCUCGCGCCGCCGUCGUUGUCUUCUCCCCCGCCGGCAAACCCUGCUCUUUCGGCGAACCAUCGGCCGAUGAGAUUGUCGGCGACUACCUCCGCCACGGCGACUGCGACGGCGACUCGACCCCGCCGAUGGGCCUGACCCAGUGGGGGGACUGGAUGGAAACGGAGUGGGAGGCUUGCGCAACCGAGGAGGACCUUGAGGCCCUGAUCUUGAAGUACGAAGCCAUCCGCGAUUGCGCGCGCCGUAGAUUGAAAUCUUUGGAGGAGGCAUCGCGAGUCGAGGUCCGCGAGGGCGAAUCUCGCAUUCUGAGCGAGGAGGAGAUUGAUGCGCUUUUCGAGAGUUUAGGCCGAUGCCCAGCGCUCUCAGAUCUCUUGACGGACGGCGAUGGCGACGGUCUCUUGUCUCCGCCGGAGAACUCGGCCGAUGGCGGUGGAAGUCCGGCACUGGAGUCCAUCCCGGCGCUCUCUGAUCUCGAGGGUCGAGGAUCAAACGCUGCCGGCGGCGGAAGUUUGGGAGCGGUGUCGACCCCCACGAGCUCCGAUCUUGAGGAUCAUGGGUUUGAUCCCGAAGAGUUGCUGAAUCUACUGGAAGACGGCGACCUUGAGGAUCAUGGGUUUGACCCGGAUGGGUUUCUGAAUCUGUUGGAGGACAGCGACAUGGAUAGCGGCCGCGAAGGUUCCUUGACUUCGCCGGAGGACUCCGCCGUCCGCUGCGGAUACAAUCCAAACGACUUCGUGGGCCUUGAAGAUUUGGACGUGCUCCUGUGA